CAGUCGACAGUUUCGGACCUGGCAACGCGUCGCCAACUACGUUUCUGAACGCAAAGCACGCAAAGUGUCUCACAGCAUAAAUUGAUUUAAAUUUGCUUAGCUAUCCAAUUUAUUCGCGAGCCGUUCGAGUAUGUUGCUAUCUAGGCUGCCAGUUUGCAAAAAUACUUCAUCCACAGCGGCAGCUCGUCUGUGGCUCCAACCAGUGUACUUCGCCCGUAACCUGAAAUCGGAGAGAUGCGCUAACACAUCGUUCCGAUCCGUCAUACAAACUCAGCUUGAUGAAAUCAAGAAAGCCGGAACCUACAAAAAAGAACGUAUCAUCGUUUCGCCUCAAGCAACCACAAUCCGUGUCGAGGGAACCACGGGAAAGAUACUGAAUUUCUGUGCUAACAAUUAUCUUGGUUUGGCGUCUAGCCCAGAGGUAAUAAAUGCGGGCAAACAAGCGCUGGAUAAGUACGGAGCGGGGUUAAGUUCGGUGCGUUUCAUUUGUGGCACUCAGGACAUCCACAAACAACUGGAGAAGAAACUAUCGGAAUUCCAUCAACGAGAGGACACUAUUCUGUAUGCGUCUUGUUUCGAUGCGAAUGCCGGCAUCUUUGAAGCCGUCCUCACUCCGGAUGAUGCCGUAUUUUCCGACGAACUCAAUCAUGCUUCGAUCAUAGACGGAAUUCGUUUGUGCAAAGCGAAGAAGGCACGGUAUUUGCAUCGGGAUAUGAAAGAUUUGGAAGAAAAGCUCAAAACCACAGACGCUCGAAUCAAAAUGAUAGUUACAGACGGGGUCUUCUCCAUGGAUGGAAACGUAGCUCCACUGCCAGAGAUUUUCGACCUGGCAGAUAAAUACAAUGCUAUUACAUUUGUCGAUGAUUGUCAUGCAACGGGAUUCUUUGGUCCAACCGGCCGAGGUACAGAGGAAUUCUAUAAAAUGCUUGGUCGUUGCGACAUCAUCAAUUCUACCCUGGGGAAAGCUCUUGGUGGAGCAGCGGGAGGUUACACCACCGGACCUGUAGAACUUAUUGAUCUUCUAAGACAGAAAUCUCGUCCGUAUCUGUUCUCGAACUCGCUCCCCCCGCCGGUGGUGGCAAGCGCUAUGAAAGUGAUCGAUAUGCUGAUGGAGUCCAAUUCUUUGACCGCACAAGUUCAAAGCAAUACCCGGAGAUUUAGAGAAGCUAUGACAAAAGCAGGUUUCACCAUCUCCGGAAUGGACCAUCCCAUUAGUCCGGUUAUGCUCGGAGAUGCCCGUCUGGCUUCGGAAUUUGCCGAUGAAAUGUUGAAAAGAGGUAUUUACGUUAUCGGUUUCAGCUAUCCGGUCGUUCCGAAAGGAAAAGCCCGAAUUCGAGUUCAACUGUCCGCUGCUCACACCGAUGAGGAAAUCGAUCAAGCGAUAGCUGCUUUUAUCGAAGUGGGAAAGCAACUGAAAGUGAUAACGUGAUACAUUUCCUAAGUAAUUCAGUCAGUAAAUAAAAGGACAUUCUUCCUCCAA